AGCAGCUACAAACUUUUAUUCAUUUGAUCAGGGAAGAAUUGCCGCGUAUAGGCUUUUUGAGAUGAUAAGUCGUUCAUCCUCGGGGACUAAUCAAGAGGGAACUAUUCUGUCUGCUGUUCAAGGAAAUAUCGAGUUUCGGAAUGUAUAUUUCAGCUAUUUGUCACGACCUGAAAUUCCAAUCUUGAGUGGAUUUUACCUGACUGUGCCGGCUAAAAAAGCUGUUGCACUUGUUGGUAGAAAUGGUUCUGGAAAAAGCAGUAUCAUUCCUCUCAUGGAACGGUUUUAUGAUCCUACACUAGGAGAAGUUCUACUUGAUGGGGAAAAUAUUAAAAAUUUAAAAUUAGAGUGGCUGAGAAGCCAGAUAGGCCUGGUGACACAGGAACCUGCCUUGCUUAGUCUAAGCAUAAGAGAGAAUAUUGCAUAUGGCCGAGAUGCUACUCCGGAUCAGAUAGAGGAAGCAGCUAAAAAAGCUCAUGCACACACAUUUAUCAGCUCACUUGAAAAAGGAUAUGAAACUCAGGUUGGGAAGACUGGUUUAACGUUGACGGAGGAGCAAAAAAUAAAGCUAUCGAUUGCUAGAGCUGUACUCUUAGAUCCAACAAUUCUUUUGCUUGAUGAGGUCACUGGAGGACUAGACUUUGAAGCUGAAAGAGUUGUCCAAGAAGCUCUUGAUCUUCUAAUGUUAGGACGGUCGACCAUAAUAAUAGCCCGACGACUAAGUCUGAUAAGAAAUGCCGACUAUAUUGCUGUAAUGGAGGAGGGUCAGCUACUUGAAAUGGGUACACAUGAUGAAUUAAUCAACCUUGGUAAUUUGUAUGCUGAGCUUCUGAAGUGUGAGGAAGCAACAAAGCUACCCAGACGGAUGCCAGUUAGGAACUACAAAGAUUCUGCUGCGUUCCAGGUGGAGAGGGAUUCCUCAGCUGGCCUUGGCCCCCAAGAACCAUCAUCGCCUAAAAUGGCCAAGUCUCCAUCUCUUCAGAGAGGUCAUAAUGUUUUCCGUUCCCAGGAACUGUGCUUUAAUAGUGAAGAAUCACCCAAUGAUCAUAGCCCUACACCAGAGAAAAUGGGAGAAAAUGGCUCUUCGUUGGAUGUUGGUGAUAAGGAACCAACCAUCAAAAGGCAAGAUAGUUUCGAGAUGCGGUUACCGGAACUACCAAAAAUUGAUGUUCAGGGUCCACAACGUCAGAAAUCAAAUGGUUCAGAUCCUGAGUCCCCUAUAUCACCCCUUUUGAUAUCAGAUCCCCAAAACGAGCGCUCCCAUUCACAGACUUUUAGCCGCCCUCUUGGUCAUUCGGAUGACACUUCAGCAAAUUAUAAGGUGGCCAAGGACGGUCAACACAAGGAGUCACCUUCAUUUUGGAGGUUGGCACAGCUUAGUUUUCCAGAGUGGCUAUAUGCUGUAUUAGGAAGUAUUGGUGCUGCCAUCUUUGGUUCAUUCAAUCCUCUUCUAGCUUAUGUAAUUGCAUUAGUAGUGACGACAUACUAUGAGAGCACGGGAAGCCACCUGCGUGAGGAGGUUAACAAGUGGUGCUUGAUCAUUGCCUGCAUGGGAAUAGUGACAGUUGUUGCCAAUUUCUUGCAGCAUUUCUACUUCGGUAUUAUGGGGGAGAAAAUGACUGAGAGAGUGCGGCGGAUGAUGUUCUCAGCGAUGCUGCGUAAUGAAGUUGGAUGGUAUGACGAAGAAGACAACAGUCCAGAUACAUUAUCCAUGCGCCUAGCAAAUGAUGCCACUUUUGUCCGAGCCGCCUUCAGCAACAGGCUUUCGAUAUUUAUUCAGGAUAGUUUUGCUGUUAUUGUUGCCAUUCUUAUUGGAUUGCUGCUCGGUUGGCGCCUGGCCCUUGUUGCAUUGGCGACUUUGCCAGUACUUACUCUUUCUGCCAUUGCCCAGAAACUUUGGCUUGGUGGAUUCUCAAAGGGCAUCCAGGAGAUGCAUCGAAAGGCGUCUUUAGUUCUUGAGGAUGCUGUCAGAAACAUAUAUACUGUUGUUGCUUUCUGUGCCGGUAACAAGGUGAUGGAACUCUACAGACUGCAACUCCAGCGUAUACUCAGGAAGAGCUUUUUCCACGGGAUGGCUAUUGGCUUUGCGUUUGGCUUCUCACAGUUUCUUCUCUUCGCCUGUAAUGCACUCCUCCUGUGGUACACCGCGUUAUCAGUAGACCGCAGAUAUAUGAAGUUAUCUACAGCUCUAACCGAGUACAUGGUUUUCUCUUUUGCUACAUUUGCCCUUGUUGAGCCAUUCGGGUUAGCACCUUACAUUCUCAAGCGCCGUAGAUCUCUCGCUUCAGUUUUUGAAAUCAUAGAUCGAGUUCCUACAAUCGAACCUGAUGAUACCUCAGCUCUUAGUCCGCCUAAUGUCUAUGGAAGCAUUGAAUUGAAAAACAUCGACUUCUGCUACCCAACCCGCCCAGAAGUAUUAGUACUAAGCAACUUCAGUCUCAAAGUCAAUGGGGGACAAACUAUAGCUGUGGUUGGUGUUUCUGGGUCUGGAAAGAGCACAAUAAUAUCAUUGAUCGAGAGAUACUAUGACCCAGUUGCUGGUCAGGUCAUGUUAGAUGGGCGAGACUUGAAGUCAUAUAAUUUGAGAUGGUUAAGAAGCCAUAUGGGUCUGAUUCAACAGGAACCCAUAAUCUUUUCCACGACGAUCAGAGAAAACAUUAUAUAUGCGAGGCAUAACGCGAGUGAAGCUGAGAUGAAGGAAGCAGCAAGAAUUGCAAAUGCCCACCAUUUUAUCAGCAGCUUACCUCACGGUUACGACACACAUAUCGGGAUGAGAGGUGUUGAACUUACCCAAGGACAGAAACAGAGAAUCGCUAUAGCUCGGGUAGUGCUGAAGAAUGCUCCUAUACUGUUGAUUGACGAAGCAAGUUCAUCUAUUGAAUCUGAGUCGAGCCGUGUUGUGCAAGAAGCUCUUGAUACUCUGAUAAUGGGGAACAAAACAACAAUUCUGAUAGCGCAUAGAGUAGCGAUGAUGAGACAUGUGGAUAACAUUGUGGUUCUCAAUGGAGGCAAAAUAGUAGAGGAAGGUACACAUGAUACUUUAGCGGCAAAGAACGGAUUGUAUGUCCGUUUAAUGCAACCACAUUUUGGCAAGAAUCUACGGCGGCAUCAACUGAUCUAGAGAGAUUGGACUUCUGUCUCCCUAAUCGAGAUUAGUUGAGUCACAUACCAACCAUGACGCGAUAAUGUUAUUGGAUGCGGUUACAGGACAUAACUUGCGUCUGAUCAAAGGCUUGUAGUCCGGGAUGAGACCAAAUGAGCAGAAGUUGUACAACCACGGUUAGAUUCUGUAAGCAAACUAGGAGCUUGUAGACGUUUAGAUUCCCUUAUUCUUUCAGGAGACUAAGCAAUGAAGGAGUAGGACUGUGUAUUUAUUCAUUGCUUGGUCUCUAAGGUAUAUCGAUUUGUUUAUUGAAACUGACGAUUAGAGGUAAUUUAUUUGCUGAGGUUUGUUUUUUUUUGUUGCUGUUGUGAGUGAUUUAGGUGGAGAAAUGUGUAAUGGUUAGGGAAGAAAGAGAACAAAUGUGUCUGUUUUUGUAAAUACAUCAUAUCCAUUUUAUUUGCCA